UAAGAAUUUUUAUUUUUAUGGCGAGUUUUUAUUUGAACUUUGUAUUAGUUUCUAUUUAUUACUAAAACUGAUCAGUAAGAAUUCGAUUCACUUUAUAGAAAUUGCAUUUUUAAGAGUCCAUACGUCAAUCCAAUUGACGAAAUUUACGAUAUAAAAAAAUAAAAUUAAUACUCCAUCGAAAUCAAUUUUCUCAUCUGUGCGGUAUUCGUCUGUCUAUGAAUAAGGAUCAACAGCAGUUAGCAGUGGUUAGCAGCUGGUAGCCGCAAUAAUGUCUGUAGUGGAUAAAAUUAAGCACUAUCAGCGAAAUAUUGAAAAAUGUGAUGACAAUGAGGAUAGAAUACUACAUUGUAUUUCAAAGUUAUCUAACCUGCCAGUUACGGUACAACAUUUACAAGAGACUGGAGUAGGACGUACAGUAAAUGCUUUAAGAAAAUAUGAAGGGGGAAUUGGAGAAGCUGCCAAAGCGCUUGUUGCAAAAUGGAAAACAAUGGUUGCUAAUGAAGAAAGCAGCGAAGGUGAAGAUGAAGAUGAAGCAUGUGUGCCUGAUGCGCCUGAAAGUUAUAAUGAUAGUCUGGAAUCUCCCAGAUCCGAAGAAAGUUCAACCAAACCCAAAAGUGAAAAUAGUGGAAAACACGUGCAUAGGCAUAAGAUAGAAAAAGCUGAAGUAUCACAUACAUCAUAUAAUAGUAAACAAUCUUCUAAGCAUGAAUCAAAAGUAAAACCUAUAGAAUUCCAAUCGAAAAGUAAUUGUGAUGUCAAAACUUUAGAAAAUGAUUUAGAAAAACAGAAGAAGUAUGAUAAACAUAAACAUAGUCAUAAACAUGAAUCGAGAAGCGACAAAAAGUUUUCAAAAGAUAAUAAAAGUGCCUCUAGAAAUGAUGAUACGCAUGGUUCUAAGCACCAUACUCACAGCAAAUCUGAUAACUUAGAAAAAUACUCUAAUAGGUCUUCCUAUAACAGUAAUUUACCUAAGAACAAUGAAGAAAAUCAUAAAAAGCGUAAAAAUAAUGAUUCCAAUGCUUCAAGGAAGGAAAGUAAGCGAAGAAAAAAUUCAGAAAGUGAGAAUGAAGAAGGUAAAUUUGAUGUAUCUUUCAAUUCUGAAAAGCAUGAUGCUAAUACUAUGCUAGAUGUAAUUAAAGUAAAAGAAGAACCCAAGGAGAAAGACAUAUUAAACAAAAGUGAGAUUAAGAUUGAAAAGAAAGAAUCUCAGGAGAAAAUAAAGGGAAGCUCUAGUAGGCACAAAACUGAUUCUACUAGCAACAAAUUAAAAGAAAGUGGAGAGAAAUUUAAACAUACAAGUGAGACACACACAUCUUCUAAUAAAGAUGAAACUAAGAAAACUGAUAAUCAUUAUAAUAAUAAAGAAUCUUCCGAAUCAAAGCAUAACAACAGUUCCUCUCAUGAUAAGCAUUGUGAUAAAAAUAAAGGUAGUAGUAAGAAAAAGGAACGCAAAGAAGGGAUAAGUAAACAUGAAAGUAAAAGUAGUAAAGAUUCAAAGUAUUCUAAACAUGGAUCAAAGGAACCAAAAGAAUUAGUGAAAAUAAAACAAGAAAUGAAUGGUGAUGAAGGAAUAGAUUGCCACUCUGGCGCUAGCUUUGCAGAAGCACUUGGUAUGUGUACAAUGGCUCAACUAUCUAAGAAACGUAGUAAUAAUUCCCCAAGUUCAAGUUCAACAAAAACAGUCAAAACAGAACAGUUAAUCACAAAUAGCAAGAAAACAGCAUUGAAAACUGAAUUAGCAACUGAAAGUGUACAAACACCAUCUCUUUUGUCAUCAGCUAUGAAACUAGAACCUUUGAAUGUAGAUUUAGCAUCUACACUACCUGAAAUUAGUCCACAUUAUAAACCAUUGCCAUAUGUUAAUCCUGUUCAUCGCAAAGAAGAAGACAAAGCUCUUACAGAUGUGAUGUAUGUUAAAAAUCAAAGAACAAAAGUAUAUUCAGGAAACAAAUCUGGUUACACAAGUGUUCCAACCCUGUUCGAGUUGUGUACGAGAGUAUUAAUAGAAAAUAUUGAUGCACUUGAAUUUACGGGUGGUGUACCUUUUGAUAUCCUGAAACCUAUUCUGGAACGUGCAACGCCAGAUCAAUUAUUUAUGUUGGAACACUACAAUCCCUAUUUAAUUGAAGAUACUGAUUGUUUAUGGCAGUUUCAUUGUAAUCGUGAAUUUAGAAACAAACAAAGAGAAGAAAUGGAAACAUGGCGUGAAAUGUACAUGCGUUGUCUGGAUGAGCGAGAAGCAAAAUUAAAAGCGCUUACAGCUAAUAUAAAGCAGUCAAUAGAUAAAUCUGUUCCAGUAAGGUCUGCUAAGCUUGCUUAUGUAGAUAAUAUUGUUAAACCUCCAAGAAAUGUUCUUAAAAAGCAAGCUAAGUAUGGUACUGCCAAUUGUGUACCUAGUACUGCAUCUAGCUUAAAGAAGAAAUUAAUUAGUGGCGGAAAUCCUGCGGACGCCACGAAUAUUUCUGUUCCACCACCUCCUAUAUCCCGAGCUAAACCAUCAACUGGUGUUGUAAAGAAAACUAAAGCUCCUUUAAUGGCGAAAGCUCUGCAGUUAAUAAAAGGACGUUACAAACGGUAGUUUAUCUAAUGGUAAGUCAUAUAUCAUCUUAAUACUGUAAUCAUAAUCAGUGUUACAUAUUAUACAGUAGAAGGGCACAAGUAUUUGAAUUUCGAACAAUACAUACCAGGAAUCUGAAAAAUUUUCUUAUAACAUGUAAAAAGCUAUACUAAUCUUCGGACAAAGUGAAUUAUCGUAAUUUGAUAAUUAGCGUGUUGUUAAAGACAUGUGAUAUGGAGUCAGUAAUUUGAAUUCCCAAGUAUAGAAUCAUGGAUUAGAAUAUUUCACACAGUCUCUGAAUUGACUUUUAUUUAUUGUGUCUUAAUUUUACAACUGACAUAAAUAUACUGCUUGAUAACGAUCAUCCAUAUAAAUAAUAUCUAUUCGUAUAACGUAGAAAUACCUACGUACCUAAUUAAUGUGUCCCAUUUGUUGCUGUGAUUCAUUAAUUUCUUUAGAUUACAAUUGUAAAUAAUUUUUGUGAGAAAAUCUAGGAAGGUGUAUAACAAAACAAAUAAAUAUUAUUA